AUGAUGUCGGUCAUCGUGCGCGUGGCCGGCCUGUUCGGACUGAUGGUAUCGGAGCCAAAGACGGAUAUCAUGUGCAUGCUGCCGAAAGGGAUCGAGGAACGCCCGUUCACGGUCAGCGCCGCCGGCCAGACGUACAAGCAGACAGAUCGGUUUGUGUACGUCGGACGUACCAUCUCGGCGGACGGGAAGGCCGACCGGGAGAUAACGAGCCGCAGCUGCCGAGUGUGGAAGUGCUACCGCCGGAACAGUGCUUCGAUGUACGACAGGCGACGGGCCAGCUCAAGAUUUGGCUACUCCAGGCUAAAGUCGUUGAGAAUCUCCGAUAUGGGCCUCCCCCUGUCCUAUGCCCAGGCCCUCAUCCAGGCAGGCUGCGAGGAAACCAUAGAGGCCACCGUGCGCAAACGGAGACUGUGUUUCGCGGGUUGUAUUCUGCGCAUGGAGGACAAACGCCUCCCCAAGCGCAUGCUGUUAGGAGCGACGGCGGGGGGCGUGGGAUACCGGGGCGGGCAGGAGAGCGACUGGGUGUCUCGUCUAGGAGAGAACCUCGUGGCCUUCAACAUGGGAGACAAAAAGGAAGGGGACAAACGCCUCCCCAAGCGCAUGCUGUUAGGAGCGACGGCGGGGGGCGUGGGAUACCGGGGCGGGCAGGAGAGCGACUGGGUGUCUCGUCUAGGAGAGAACCUCGUGGCCUUCAACAUGGGAGACGAAAGGGAAGGGGGUAAAUGGAAAGAGAGCGCCAAGGACCCGGAGGUGUGGUACAACAAGGUCGAGGACGGGGCGGCAUGGUUCAUGAGGAAAUGGCACAUGCAGGAGGCGGAAGCGUCCGCGAAGCGCCAGCGCGCGAGGGAAGCAGAAGCAGAGAGUACGGCCAUCUCAGGACCGAAGAGAAAGAGAGUCGGGGAAGCGGCGGUGGGGGUGAAGAAACGGCGACCGGGCACUGCUGUAGAAGCGAGUAGGGCGGCCGAGGCAGCACUUGUGGCGAACUAUGUACCCGGCUGAUGUUGUUGCGCCCUGUUUCCCUCCCUGCUGUAUACUAUACUCCUUUUAUGUAUGUCCUUUGUAUUGUCUUCGGCCUCUGUGCUGUGUUUCGGUUUUUUCAUGACGUCCCUGCCUACUCUGCUGUGUUGGGUACCUUGAUCUCGCUUUGCUGUUGCUUUUGUUUUUGUACAUCUGGCUGUCUGCCCAUCUGCCGCCUCUUUGUCCUGUUUGCUCCGUUACUCCCAUGCCCUGGUGCGUAGUGCCUGUUGCUGGUACGUUACCCUUUUUUUCUUGUGGGUGGGUGUGGGAAGCGUCCUCCUUUGUUAUUGUUUUUGUUUUAUUUUGAUCGGUUUCCGAGGGCUCUUUUCUCGAACGGUCGGUGCGGCACCUGUUAUUU